AAAUAAUCGAUGUGUAGCAGACGACGUUAAAUUGACGUUUUUCCUUUUCGGCAUCUCGAGUUUGUUUUUUCAAAGAUGUUUACUUUUUGGAUGAUUGCUGUAUUUAUUUUGAUUGGAUCACUGUUACCAAGUAUUGUGAAAUGGGGAACACACUUUGUAUUCAAGGUUAGUGAUGAGGAAAAGAGGAUUCGUGAAGAAUUCAGUGGACUCAGGAAAGAGCUGACUGGCAUCUCAGCCGUGGACGAAUUCGCACGUUACGCCCGAAUUCAGCGGAAAAUGAACAAACUAGACGAACAGAUUCAAUCGCUUGGACAGUCGAGGAUGGACGGCAGGGAGUCUGUCCGAUGGAAACUAACCAAAGCCAUCCAAGUUGUCAAUGGUGCCGUCCUAGUCUACCUGGCUGUCACUCAACGCUACGAACCAGUUCUGACUGGACUCCCCGACUGGUUCUGGCCUUUGAAUCUCUUGCUCAGCUACCCAACCGGGAUCGAAGGAGCCCUCAGCAUUGUAUUCUGGUUAUUCAUAUGCAACAACGCCUGUCGGGCACUCAUCAAAUAAAAACAUACACACGUGGUGAACAAACAAAAAAAUUGGUUUCGAAUUGUAUUCUUGGAAGAAAUAAGAAGGGAAAUUAAUUAGCAAUUCUUUGUUGUGUAGAAAUGGAAA